AGACCUAGAGACCUAAAGGUCCGAGGUACAUGGAUCCAAUACAAUGUAAAGUGCCAGGUGUAUAUAAAUACGCAAGAGACUGCUAUCUCCAUUCUCUGCUUCUCGUGCGUCUUUUUCUCUUCGACUCAUCAAGGUGACUCGACUAGUGAUUCACGGCCUUUUCUUUUCUCGUGUGUUGUUUCUCCUGACUCUUACUUCGUCUACAUUGUCUUGUCUUGUCUCGUCUCGUCUUGUUUAAAUUGUAAUUUCACAGGAUAGAUUCAUCUUCCAACAUUGCAACACGUUACACACUCGGCCAGUCUCUAUAAAAACAGGAUUCUCUGCAUUUAAAGGGUCUCGGACAUCAAUUUCACGGAUUUCCCAAAUCUACCUCAGGAGAAGGGAAGGAGAAGAAGAAAAUCAUCAAUAAUUCUACGGACUCAACAGUAUUAUAUAUACCAUGCCUGUCGUAUCAGCAGCUCGUUACGGAAAGGACAAUGUCCGCGUAUACAAAGUUCAUAAAGAUGAGGCGUCGGGAAUACACACGGUAACGGAGAUGACCGUGUGCUGUCUUCUAGAGGGAGCGAUUGAGACGUCGUACACGGUGGCGGACAAUAGCGUCGUCGUGGCCACGGACUCCAUCAAAAACACCAUAUACAUCAAAGCCAAAGAACACCCGGUAAACCCUCCGGAGCUAUACGCUAGCAUUCUAGGACAACAUUUCCUAGACACAUACGCUCACAUCAACGUGGCCAACGUCAACAUCGUCGUUAAACGAUGGACUCGCAUGGUUAUCGACGGAAAGGAGCACCCCCACAGCUUUUACCGCGACGGCGAGGAGACUCGCAACGUGGAGGCCCGCAUUACUCGCCAAGGGAUUGAAAUCACGAGCGGUAUCGCGGGGCUCCUUGUCUUAAAAAGCACGGGGUCGGCCUUCCACGGAUUCGUCCGGGACGAGUUCACCACGCUCCAGGAAACUUGGGAUCGCAUUCUCUCUACGGACGUCGACGCCAAUUGGAAGUGGAAUACCUUACCAAACGUGGCGGCGGUCGAGAAGCAGGUAGCCCAGUUUGACAAAGCUUGGGAAGAUGCCCGCAAGAUCACGAUGAAGACGUUUGCGGAAGAGGACAGUCCUUCGGUCCAGAAUACAAUGUACAAGAUGUCUGAACAGAUCCUCGAUGCUGCGCCGGAAACUACAUCGGUCACUUAUGCACUACCUAACAAGCAUUACUUUGAAGUUGAUUUAUCGUGGCACAAAGGCGUCAAGAACACCGGCAAAGACGCCGAAGUAUACGCUCCCCAGACCAAUCCUAACGGUCUCAUCAAGGUCGAGGUCUCACGAUCAUAGAUGUUAU